UGCUAGGCGCAUCACUUCAGUCACUGGGGAGAGAACUGUAGAGGCGGUAGAGUUCGUCUGGCAUCGUUUGUGUGGUGAAAUGUUAAAAUGGCGUCUUCUCAGGACGCUUGGUAUCUCUCGUUGCUCGGCCUGGCCGAGAAUUUCCGCACGUCGAACCCGCCCAACAUCAAGUCGUGCAUCCAGUGUCUGCAGGCGGUCUUCUAUUUCAAGCCGCCGCAGCGCGUCGAGGCGCGCACUCAUCUACAGCUCGGCAACAUCCUGCUCACGCACACGAAAAACAUCGAUUUGGCGCGACAACACCUAGAUCAAGCGUGGCGGCUGAGUCAGAAUAUAAAUACAUUCGACGACGUGAAGUUCGAAGCAGCUAGCAUCGUCGCGGAUCUGUACGAGCAACAGUUGCAGCCGAACUUGAGCAAACCGAUUUUGAGGAAGGCGAUAGAACUGUCUCAGCACAAUGUCUACUGGCAUUGCAGGCUUAUCUUUCAACUUGCGCAAAUUCAUGCUUCGGAGAAGGACUUUGUCGCAGCGAGUAGCUUACUUGCAGUUGGCGUUGAUUACUCCCACAUAAGUAACGCCGGUUAUACCAGAGUUCUCUUUCUUCUAAGCCGAUGUAUGCUGCUGUUGAUAGAUAAGAAGUUCACCGAGGUGCAUCCUCUUUUAAAUUCAGCGAACCAUCACAUAGAGAAUUGGCAGGGUAACUCGUAUCAGAAGGAGUAUCUGAAGGUGUACUUUCUAGUUCUUCAAGUGUGUCACUAUCUUAUGGCAGGCCAGGUGAAAAGCGUGAAACCAUGUUUGAAAUCAUUGCAACAAAGUAUACAGACGAUAAUGUCACCUAGCUGGCCGACAGACGACGUGGUGGUCACGGGCUCCAAUAUCGGAGAUAUGUUUAUAUGGAUGCCGAAGGAUCAUCUAUACGUCUUGGUCUAUUUAGUAACCGUUAUGCAUUCUAUGCAAGCCGGAUACAUGGAUAAAGCGCAGAAAUAUACCGAUAAAGCGCUUAGUCAAAUUGAAAAACUGAAAAUUAUCGAUAAUAAACCUAUCCUGUCCGUGUUUCAAUUAAUGCUCUUGGAGCACAUAAUCAUGUGCCGGCUUGUAAUGGGAAACAAAAGCGUGGCCCUUACGGAAAUUUCUCAAGCCUGCCAGCUCUGCAGGCGGCAGCCUAGGUUACUUCAAGGCCAUAGACCACAAUUACAUGUAUUACUAGGUUUAUAUGCAAUGUCUAUGAAUUGUAUGGAAGCUGCGGAGGCACAGUUCACCGCUGCACUCAGAACGUCACAAGAGAGGGAACUCUGGACAUUCGCGAAUUUGAACCUAGCGAUAGUAUAUCUCAGAUCGAAAAAGGAAACCGAGCUGGGGGUAUUAUUAGAAAGGAUAAAUCCAGAAUCUCUACCGUCGCAGUCUCAUUCACUAAGGGCAGCUGCAUAUUACGUACAAGGACUCCAAGCUUUCUUCGGUGCUAGAUACAAUGAAGCAAAGCGAUAUCUUAGGGAAACCUUAAAAAUGGCUAAUUCAGAAGACUUGAAUAGACUCACUUCCUGUAGUCUUGUGCUUUUGGGACAUAUAUUCCUUUCGUUGGGAAAUAGUAGAGAGUCAAUGAAUAUGGUCACACCUGCGAUGCAAUUAGCUUCUAAAAUACCUGAUGUACAUGUACAACUGUGGGCUACUGCCAUUUUAAAAGAUUUGUACAGAAUUUGUGGCGACCCUACUCACGAGGCCGAGGCGUAUCAAAUGCACUGCACAUUCUCUCAAACCCUCUUGAAGGACCAUUUUCAGAGUACUCAAAUAAGCGAGCACUCGCUCAUUCAUUGGAUAGACGGUCCGGUGCCUGCGUUGUCAACCAAUCCACCACCAUCUACGUCGCAAGCAAUUCUCUAAUGGCAUAAAAGAUAUUUAGGUGUGUCCUUACUUAAAUUGUACAGAACUGUCUGAAAACCAUGUAUAUUUGUACUAAUUAUUCGCAUUGAGUUGUAAAAUGAAGUUGGGUUCAGCCUCAUCCAGUCUCAGAUAUUAAAAGGACUAUGAUGUUUCAGAAAAUCGGAUUUAAUUGCGAAACAACGCGGAAAAAUAGGAUUAAUGGAUAUUUGAUAUAUCCAAACUUUUUUAAUACGUGAGAUCUGCAGAGAAUAUGGCAACUAGUUGUAACAGAGCUUGAUAAGCAGUUUGUAAUAUUGUUUGAAGCAUCGAAAUUUUUCACGGCAGGGACUGACUAUAUAUUUAGACCAUUGAUAUUUUGUUUAUUUGUUUAUCUGUGGAUCAUUUUUUGUAUGGAAGUACACAAGAGAAUGAGGGACAGAUGCUUAAAUCAUCGUAAUGCAGAACAGAGACGCGUUUUUUAGAAUUGUAUAAAUCGUUCUGCCGCACAAUGCGUUUAGACAAGAAGAUUUGUAUUGCACAUAUAGAAAAUAGAUCGGAAUACAGAAUAAAGGUUUUAAUUUUUGUUUGUAAAUCUUGUCGGCUGUACUUUUCUGAUUAAAUGUGACUUCGGAAAUCUUUUUAUAACUCCACUAUCUUCAUCACACGGAAUAAAAAAAUAUUAAUAAAUUUUUUAACCAAACAAUUACAUAUAUUAGAACAUUUUAAAUUUGCAAUUUCAAUAUUAUGAUACAGAUAAAAUUUUGUUUAGAAAAAACAGAAUUGAUCUUCGAAAUGUUAAAGCGUAAAGAAGAUGGGGAACAAGUAUCAAAAUAGAUAUUAAAUUUUUGUAUAUACUUUUUGGAUUACAAUAAAAACCAAUCGAAGUAAUUAACUUUCA